GUAGAGGCAACAGCACUUACUCGCAAAGUGGGCACGGCCGUUGUGUCCUUGGGAUUUCUGAAGGUUCUGGCGUCAAGGAUUCACGAGUGGUUUGAAACGCCAAAGCGACCCUAUGGCGACGGUUCCGUGGGCAGCGCCUAUGACGACUGGACAAGAGAAGGCGUCUUGGAGCACUACUGGGGAGAGCACAUCCACAUGGGUUCUUACACUCCCAUGGAGAAGCAGAGUGGCUACAGGAAGAAGGACCCCUUCUUCCUGGCGUUGUUUCGGGCGACCUUCGGACGCCUCAAGAAUUUCAAGGAGGCAAAGAUCGACUUCACCAACGAGAUGAUUGACUGGAGUCGUGCCACGGCCCCGAAGAAGAUUCUGGAUGUCGGUUGCGGCAUUGGCGGGUCAUCCAG